AUGCUCAUCUCCCCGCGGGCACCCCCCAAAACCAGCGCGCUGCUUGGUGAGAACCCCGAGCCCUCGAAUUGGCUUUCCCGCUUCCUCCUCCCACCCAUCCCCACCCCACCCCCACCUCGGGCCCGUUUUGCUCCGGUGCAAAACAAGACGGGGCGCCUGUCCCCAGACGAAAGUCAGAUCUGCAGGGCGGGAUGGGGCCCAGCUCGCGACUGGGCGGAGGUGGCCCCUGCGCCCCUUCUCCACUGGCCUGCCCGGCCGAACAAUGGCUCGGGGCCCCGAAAACAAAGACACAACAGCUGGGAGCCAGAGGAAAAUAUUCUGGACCCGAGGCUGCUCCUGGCCUUCCAGAAGAAGGAGCACGAGAAGGAGGUGCAGAGCCGGAAGCGAGGCAAGCGGCCGCGGGGCCGGCCCAGAAAGCACACCAUCCCGUCCUCCUGCAGCCGUCGCUCCAAGCCCAAGGAACCUGAUGCCCCGUCCAAGUCCAAAUCCAGCAGCUCCUCCUCCUCCUCCACAUCUUCUUCUUCCUCCUCUGACGAAGAGGAUGACAGCGACCUUGAUGCCAAGAGGGGGCCCCGGGGCCGAGAGACCCACCCAGUGCCCCAGAAGAAGGCGCAGAUUCUGGUGGCCAAGCCUGAGCUGAAGGAUCCCAUCAGGAAGAAGCGGGGCCGCAAGCCACUGCCCCCCGAGCAAAAGGCGGCCAGGCGGCCCAUGAGCCUGGCCAAGGUGUUGAAGACGGCCCGCAAGGACCUGACCGUCCAGCCUGGAAAGCUGCCCCCUCCACUCAGCGCCCCAGUGGCGGGUCUGGCUGCCCUGAAAGCCCAUGCCAAGGAGGCCUGCGGGGGCCCGAGCAGCACCGCCGCCACCACAGAGAGCCUGGCCAGCCUGAUGAAGGGCGUGGGGGGCAGCCCCGGCCGAGGCGGCAUCAGCUGGCAGAGCUCCAUUGUCCAUUACAUGAGCCGCAUGACACAGAGCCAGGCUGAGGCCGCCAGCCGCUUGGCCCUCAAAGCCCAGGCUGCCAACAAGUGCAGCCUCGGGCUGGACCUCAAGGUGAGGACACCGAAGGGGGAGCUGGGGGCCAGCCCCCCAGGAAGCAAAGUUCCCAAGGCACCCUGCAGCGGCGGGGCUGCAGAGCAGAAAGGGGGUCCUGUGGGGGGCGGCCCACAUGCACCGGCAGGCAGCAAGGUCCCCACAGGUGGCCCCGGCCCCCAGCCCCUGCCCAGCCAGGAGCUGAGCCUCCAGCUCCUAGAUCUGCAGAGUGUCAAGAAUGGCACUUCGGGCACAGGUGUGCUUGCUCACCAUACCCCACCCACCAAGGGUGGCCCCACCUCCCACCCGGUAGCGGGGAAGGGCACUGGGGGUGGCCCCGCCAUGGGGAGUGGGUCUGGUGCACCCGCUGACAAAAGUGAGAAGGUGUCCUCACGGGCAUCAGCCCUGCCCAUGCCCACGGGGAAGUGGGACAGUGGCAAGGGCAGCGGCACCCUGGGUGGGCAGGAGGGCCGAGGGGUCCCCGGGGAGCCCCGCAAGGUGCCAGCACUCUCGGAGCUGAGCACGGGUGAGGAGAACAGUAGCUCUGACUCGGACCCCGACUCGGCCCCCGGCGCCGGCCCAAACCUCUCCGUGUCCGUGCAGACCGGCCAGGACUGGAGGCCACCCCGUAGCCUCAUCGAGCACGUCUUCGUCACAGAUGUCACUGCCAACCUCGUUACCGUCACUGUGAAGGAGUCCCCCACCAGCGUGGGCUUCUUCAACCUGAGACCUUACUGAAGCGCCCUCCCUGUCACCCCACCCGCCCUGUGUUUUCUGGGGGACCAGGCUGCGGGGAGCUGGAGGUCAGCUCCUUUAGGGUGAGCAAGCUUGAAAAGGUGCUUCGCCCUCAGUGCUGACCUCUGACCCAGGCUGUGAUGUGCAGCAGGGCACAAGCCAGACAUCCCUAUUCCUACCUCACCGGCCUGGCAGGGCCGGCUCUCUUCAGCCCCUAAACUGGUGCUGGGGUUAGAAUGACCCCUUUGGCUCUGGAGGAAGUAUCCCUCCCCUUUCUGGGGGACAGA